UAGUGCUACAGUAGGCCUACUAGUAUGUGCCAACCUCUUCCUCAUGACGCCACUGAGGCUGGGCUCAGAGGGCUCCGAUCAUAAUAUUUAACACACCCACCCUGGGAUGAACACUUGCAAGGAAGAGAAGGCGUGUAAAGGGGGUGGGGGGGACAAAUGACAACCAGGAUCCCUGCACCUGCCACCCAGUCUCUGAUUUGACUUCAACGAGGCUCGCAGACAGCAGUAACGGGACAGCAUCCAAGCAUCUCAGCGGAUCACCUGUCGUUUUUAUGGAAUUUCCUUUUUUAAUUAUCAAUGUAUCCUAAAUACAAGGAAUGCCAUGUUUUUGUGGACUAUAUCAAUCUCUCCUGUUACUUUUUUUCAGUUAUAACACAUUUGUCAUCUCACUUCGUGCUGGCAGCAACACAAGGAAGCAGAUUUGAGGAAGAAUACCGGCGCUUUUAACAGGACCAUCCCUCCUCCUUCCUGUUACCUCUUCUUAACGAUUUGUUUGGUGGUCCGCCCGCCCGACACCGUGUCAUGUUCACCGAGGCAAUGAAAUAAGAGGACUUCUUGAGUCGCAGCCAGUGAAGCGUCCAGAGCUCACAAUGUGCCCGUCAGUCCACCUGUUUGUCUGGGAAUGAAGAAUUUGGACUAUUGUAAAAUAUACAUAUUUAUAUAUUUAAAAAAAUCAAAGACUGAGCACAUCAUGAAGUUCCUAACAUAGGCAGACGCGCAUUAUGUGUGCAAUGAUCACAGUAAAUCGUCAAGCUAACCUCGCUGCUUUGUCAUCGCAUAACAGAGUUGGACAUCAAUGUCGGUGCAAUAAGGUGCGCUGCGCUUAAAGCUUACUCUGCUUAAAGAAAAAAAUAACAUAAAGAUGAUAUUGUUUCGUAAAUUCAGAGUGUUGAUACUUAUGGUUUUUUUGGUAGCAUGCACCAUGCACAUCAUGAUAGACUUAUUACCGAAACUAGAGAAGCGGGCGACGGGAGCGGACAGCGGGGACGGCGGCUGUCAGUGCGCUCUCCACCCGGCCGGGGAGUCGCAGGGCUGGGGGAAGCAGCGCGCCAGGUCGGCGGCUGAAGCGGGCUGGCCUAACAAGCACACGCUGAGAAUCCUGCAGGAUUUCAGCAACGAGCCGAGCUCCAACCUCACAUCUCAUUCCCUGGAAAAGAUCACAGCAGCCGGGGACAGAGCGGAGUCCUUCAAGAGGAUGAGACCGUUGGAGGGGAAGGCGGAAGACCACAAGCCGCUCAUAGGAGACGCGAGCGGGGGUCGGACAGUCCCUGCCCACAGUAUCUCCCGACUCUCGGCUUUAUUUGAACAUCCUUUAUACAAGGUUGACCUUCCUUUCCUCACGGACGAUGACACUUUGUUUAACGUCAACACUGACAUCAGGUUUUAUCCCAGAGCAACAGGGAACCAAGUAUGGCACAAUGAGGAGGGGAAUGCAGAGGAGGAGGAGUUCUCUCCAACUGGAGAGGUGACGGCAGAAUCGUACCCCAACUGGUUACGCUUCCACAUUGGCAUCAACCGCUACGAGCUGUACUCCAGGCACAGUCUUGUGCUGGACGCACUACAAAAGGACCUGGUCACACAGAGGAUCACCAGCGUGGCCAUGAAAUCAGGGGGCACCCAGCUGAAGUUGAUCAUGACUUUCCAGAACUAUGGACAAGCUCUGUUUAAGCCAAUGAAGCAGACCCGGGAGCAGGAAACCCCUCCAGACUUCUUCUACUUUUCUGACUUUGAGAGGCACAAUGCUGAGAUUGCCGCUUUUCACUUGGACAGGAUCCUUGACUUCCGGAGAGUGCCCCCGGUGGCAGGGCGACUUGUCAACAUGACGAGGGAGAUCAGGGAUGUGACACGUGAUAAGAAGCUGUGGAGGACCUUCUUUAUCUCACCAGCCAAUAACGUCUGCUUCUAUGGUGAGUGCUCAUAUUACUGCUCCACUGAGCAUGCGCUAUGCGGUAAACCGGACCAGAUCGAAGGCUCGCUUGCAGCCUUCCUGCCGGACCUGAACCUGGCCAAACGGAAGACAUGGAGAAACCCUUGGAGACGCUCCUACCACAAACGCAAGAAAGCAGAGUGGGAGGUGGACCCAGAUUACUGUGACGAGGUUAAGCAGACUCCUCCAUAUGACCGAGGCACUCGACUGCUGGACAUCAUGGAUAUGACCAUAUUUGACUUCUUAAUGGGUAACAUGGAUCGACAUCAUUAUGAAACUUUUGAGAAGUUUGGAAAUGACACUUUCAUUAUUCACCUGGACAACGGAAGAGGGUUUGGAAAACACUCCCAUGAUGAGCUGUCCAUCCUGGUGCCUCUCAGCCAGUGCUGCAGAGUGAGGAAAUCUUCUUACCUGCGUCUCCAGCUGCUCGCCAAAGAGGAGUACCAGCUGAGCUCCCUGAUGGAGGAGUCCCUGCUCCGUGACCGACUGUCCCCAGUCUUAAUCCAGCGUCACCUCCAGGCCCUGGACCGCAGGCUCCGGCUGGUGCUGCAGGUUCUGGCAAGCUGCAUAGAGAAAGAAGGUUAUGUUAAUGUUGUGGAGGAAGAUAUAGUCGGGGACACAUCCACCCACAGGAGCCCCGGCCAUAGGUAGUGAGGGCGAGACUCAAGUGUGACAGAAACCACCAGUGACACAUGAACAAUGGACCAGGUCUAUGGCUGUUCGACCAAUGGGAUUGCACCAAAAAGUCCCACUUCUAAAAUCAAGCUGAAUUCAAUGAAUUCCAAGACUUACCAUCAUUGCCUCUCUGGAAACUGCUCUAAAUGUGUUUGUAUAAAAGGAAGUGUCCACAGAUGCUACAAAAGACUGUUCUCACACAGAGGCUUUGUGUUUAUUAGAUACAAAUGUAUUUGUUGUUUAAGACAGAGCGGAACCACUACUGUGUUCUGAUAUUGUUCUGCUUGUUUUGAAUAUGGAGGGUAUCAGUUUGUUUUAUGUGUUUUAUUAUAUUAGUGCAUAACCAAAUGAGAAUGUACACUGACUGGGGCAGCAUAAGGUCAGACAACAAGCUUUAUCAGUUAUCACAAUGUAUGAAAAGGUUGAGAAAGUGUGUUUAAGAUACAAACAUGUUUUACAUGUUUGUAAAACAUGUUAGGCCUUGCACAAACCAAGAAAAUAAGAAUUUCCAAACAGCGUGUUCUCUUUAUCUAUCUUUAUAAGCUUUUUUGUCACGGCACACACUCAGAACAGAGCGAUUGAAAAUGUUAUUUCAUUCUUCUGAACAGUAGAAAUCUGAGUGCAAGUAUAUUUGACACUGUAAUUCACCUUGCCUUAUUCAGAUUUUGUAUCUUUUUUUUUUUUACUUACCCAUCUCCCCUGCAACUCUAGCUUGCACAACAUGCGGUACAACAGCACAAUGCUAAAAUAGUAUUUUCCAAACCAAAAAUAAUGCAAAGACACCAGUGUGCUCGUCAUUUUAUUCAAAUUCACUACCAUUCUUAAAUGCACACCUGAAAUAUCAGUUGUCUGCUCUUAUAUCAUUUUACAAUCAAUGCAAUGCAAAAUGUUAGUUUGUAUGUUGUGUCAUUUAUUAUUAGAUUCCAUGUACAAAUGAAAUGACUAUUUAUUGGUGUGUGACAAAGAAUAAGGGUGUUUAAAUAAAUUAUAGGUUCUGUUGCUUUAUACAUUGGGAAAUAUUUACCUUAGCAUUUUGAUGCUAUUUAAAUCGACAUUCCUUUGAAUAAUAUGUUUAGGUUCACAUGAUAGGAAAACAACAAAGGCAUUGGAUUUUUGACAUUACGUUGUUGAAGUUGUGCUGUGCAGUUUUGUUUUUCCUCCUAACUGUGCUGAGUACUGGCUGAACUGGUACCUGUGCAAUGACAGAAUACAGUACUUGAAUGUUUUUGGGUUGGCAUUAUGGACAGGAUUCAUAGAGCUACAAAAAGUGUAAAGCCUGAGUGGCUGGACUCAAGUCUGAGAAGUGCUUUGGGGGUGAUAUAGGGGUUAAAAUGCCUCAUCCCAGUACAGGGAGAAGAGGCACUGUUCUUUGAUUUUCAUAUUUUCAGUGUAAAUACCUAUAAAUAAUUUGAAGACCUAACAAGCUGCACUGCACAGUGAUUUGCUUUUGUUUUCUGCUAUUGCAUUGUUACUGUGAAGAUCUGUUUACUAAACGAUUAAAGUGUGCAAUAAAAACAAAAGUAAGGACAAA